CCGUGGAGUGUGGACUUGUGGAAACAGAGAGCGCGCUUUUAUAAGAAAUUAUCGAUAAACAAACAUUCGAUUCGUUUUACGAAAAUCAGACAUUAUUUUUGAUUUAUAGUUCGAAAUUGUUCUUUGGUGUUGUGGAUGUGUGAAAGUAAAGUUUUUUUUGGAUUUUACGCAAACGCGUAGAUGUAGCCCGGAUGCCGCGCCUUCAUAGCACGCAUUGGAAAGCAUCCAACAAAAAUGAAACAGCGACAAUUAAUUAUUGAGUGACCACAAAAAUAGCAUCAGUUAUGAGUGACACGAAAGUAACCGUCUAAAAAUUAUGCAUUUUUUUGUGAUGCUCAAUAAUGAGUUUUAGUAGUACGGUGUUGGAGGAAUGCGAACUUUGAUGUUGAAGACGUAAAAUUUAAAUUUAUUUGCGUAAACGCAGAUUCCUUCGGGGAAUAAAGAGCGAAACAAUGUCUAAAUAGUUUUUGAAUUUUGGUGAAAUCAAUGUGUGUCGCAGUUUUAUCACGUGUGCUGUGUCGACGGACGUGUGGUGUUAGUGAAAAAUGGCAAUGCUGAAUUUUAAAGUGUGCCUCUGGAUUUUGACGUUUCAAAUGCUGAUCGACUCGAGCUUGGAGAUAAUUGAUUCACACGUAAUCCAAGUGUGGUCAGCACCAGGGGGAACGACGCGACUGCCUUGCGAUCUGGCGGCUCCUGUACGAGACGUCGCCAUGAUGCUGUGGUUUAAAGACGGCGAUAGAAUGCCCAUAUAUACAGUGGAUUUUAGGAACGGUCCAUCAGUACAUUGGGCUACAGCUGGUGAGUUCGGUGCCAGAACUCACUUUGUGCUAAACGAAUCCGAUCCAUCAUCAGCGCACCUGGCGGUCGAGAAGGUCGUCAGAUACGAUGAGGGGAUAUACAGAUGUAGAAUUGACUACGUCGAUUCCCCGACCAGGAAUUAUCGUGUCAAUUUAACUGUAAUUGUGCCUCCAGAACCACCUCGGUUGUACGAUUCCGAGGGGAGGGAGAUUCUGGGGAACUUCGCGGGGCCUUUCCGGGAAGGACAAAACUUGCUUUUAUCUUGUCAAGCGGCUGGAGGUAAACCACCACCAGACGUUUCUUGGUACCAAGGUGCAGAUAGACUUGCCUUCACCAGAGAAGGCUCGGUCUGUCAACUUCACAUCCCAACUCUGAGCAGGGAGAUGUCCGGUGCCAAGUUCCAGUGCAGAGUAGAACCCCCCUUACUUGAACCGCAGUUCAGGGAUGUUACCAUCAAAUUAUUUUUGAAACCCCAAUUCGUCAGAGUGACUGGUAGUGGCGCGACCAGAGCUGGCCAGAAUCGUUCCUUCGUGUGCACGACACGAGGAUCGAAGCCAGCUCCUAACAUUGACUGGUUCAUCAACUCGCGCCUCGUGGAUUCGACUAUGACCGAGGUCGAAGUAGAUGGUGAUGUUACAAAGAGUAUUCUAACUUGGCACGUGAGAAGAGAAGACAGCGGUAGACAAUUGGUGUGCCGUGUCUCGAAUCCAUGGUUCCCUGCCUACACCAUAGAAGAUUCCUUAAUGUUUGAGGUUAUGUAUCCACCAGUAUCUCAAAUAUCGCUGAUAGAACCCAAGGAGCCUCGUUUGCUGCGAGAAGAUGAAAACGCUGUGCUUCUUUGCUCUGCUGAUGCUUCACCGGCAGCCUAUAACUUCACCUUUUACAAAGGUACAGAGGUGUAUCAAAUCCGAGACGACCCUAUAGCAGGGAUAGCUGUGGAAGACGAUCGACUCAUGCUUCAAGGUUUGAGAAGACAUCAUUCAACCGUAUACCGCUGUAAGGCUAGGAACUCUGAAGGCAGCGCUCUGAGCGACCCCCUCACACUAAACGUACUAACACGACCAGAAUGCUCAGCUGGUUCAGUAGUCCAGCAAUUAGCGGGAGCUCCUGGCGGAGAAGUGAGAGCAAGGUGUUCUGUUAAUGCGCCGUCAUCAAGAGACGCUGGCCCAUUGAGGUUUUACUGGACUUAUAACGGAACUAAAGAUGUUUUACCGGUUCCGGCAUCCAAUGUGACAGUUAUGGGAUCCAGCAGUACAGUGAUUCACGGUUUGCAUGACGAUGAAGACGAGGACUUGGGCUGGCUGGCGUGCUGGGCCAGUAACGACAUUGGAAACCAGAGAGAACCUUGUCUCUUCAGGAUAAUGCCUGCUGCUUUGCCUGAGCCGCCAAGUAACUGCGAAGUCACAAACGAAGUCCUCCGUUGUGAUGCUGGACACGACGGAGGCCUCUCCCAGCAGUUCCUGUUGGAGGCGCUGGAGGAGGUACGGCCACGCCAACCAACAGUCGACGAGAAUGAGAUAUCAACUAUGAACGACCAGGGUAUUUCUGGACGCGGUCUCUCCGAAGCCGUCUACAGGUAUAGGAAUGACAAGCCACAGUUCUCUCUAGACGCCCUGUCACCUGGUCGGUAUACAUUCCUGAUCUAUGCUGAGACUCCUCGAGGCAGGUCUCCCAGGCCGGCCGCGUUGAGAAGCGUGUCAAUACGAACUGUUGAAGAUCUGGACAGACCGGGUUCUCUGCAAACAAUGACACCCGGUCCUACCUCUCCGCCUGUCCAGACCGACAACAGCGUCGCAUUAUUAGUAGGUGCAGCACUUUCAUUGGUACUGCUGACCAUACUGACGACACUUUGCGUUGCUCUUGUCGUGAUGUGUAAAAAGAAAAAUCGACCGCGCCGUGGUGCUGAACCAGAUACAAUAUCGCGUCGCAACAUCGGCGUGUCAAUGUAUGGAGCCUCAACCAUAUCUCCGAGUAUAGUGCCCACGGUGGUGGUGAGAGGACAUAGAGGUUCCAGGGUAUUAGCCGCAAGGUGGUCUGGAGUACUAGACGAUGCUCCACUCGCAGUCCUAGCCUUGGAUACAAGACCUCAUGAUAGUGAUUCGAGUCGGAGCGAUGAAGAUCAUCAUGAAACAUCAUUGACAAGGCAUAUAGACGAUACGAGUCAAAUAGAUACUUGAUAAUACGGUGAU